ACAGCAUUGACUUAUAAAGGUUUAAAAUUACAGAACUUGUAUUGAUUGAAAUAAAAUAAAAGCAAAAAAAAAAGCGUCCUUCAAAUUCAUCAACCCCUAUGUAUGAAUAUGAUCCAGGCGAAAAUUAUUCCAUCCCAAUUGAUGGAAAGCUGUACAAACUGUUGGUGAAUGGAAGUAUAGAUGUAGCUUUAAAGUAUAAUAAUGUCAGCAAGUACAAGUGUAACACACUAAAAAACUCGGUGCUUCAUAUUGCAGCAGGUGCGGGGCAAGACGAGCUAAUUAAACAUAUUCUUCCCAGCUGUGAAGAGGUGAUCAGUUGGAAGAACAAUGAGGACGAUCUUGCUCUCCAUUCUGCUGCGAAAGCCGGCCAUUGUAAAGUACUUAAAGCUUUUACAGCACACAAUGGUUUUAGCAAGGCACUGUUGGGGUCAAAAAAUAAAGAUGGAAACACAGUGCUGCAUAUUGCGUUACAAAAGAACAGAGAAAAUAUGGCACAAUUUUUGUUUGAAGAGUAUCCGGAAGCGUGUUAUCAGUUGAAUUAUAAGAUGGUUUCUCCCUUGUAUUUGGCUAUCAAGUUUGGUUAUGAAACACUAGUCAAGAAUAUGCUUUCUUACACCAAGGACAAGCGGGAUGCAAUGGCUGCUCUUUCCAAUGGAAAAUCUCUUGUUCAUGCUGCCAUUGAUACUGGUAAUACAGUUAUCCUACAUGAGCUACUGAGCAAUCACAAAGAUUUGAUCAAGUACUCGUUGGACGAAGAAGGUCGAACACCACUGCCUUAUGCAGCCUUGACAGGUAACCUUGAAGUGGUUGAGUACUUGAUGCAGGACAAGGAAUUCGAGGAUUGUGCAUACGAAAUUGAUAAGGAAGGCUCCUUACCAAUUCACAAAGCAGCAAGUGGAGGAAAUAUAGAGGUCAUCAAUAUACUAGGCAAAGCGAAGCAAUUGCUAAAUAAUAAAGAUCAAAAUGUCCUUCAUUUAGCGGCUGCAAGUGGCAGAUCUCAAGCAGUCUCUCAUGUCUUGAAAAAUUGGAAUGACUUAGACUUGGAAAUUUUCAUCAAUCAAAAAGAUGUAGAUGGAAACACUCCUUUGCAUUUGGCAAGUCAACACUUCCAUCCAAGGGUAGUGUACCUUUUAACGAGGGACAAGAGAUGCAAGUGCAAAUUGAAGAACAAAGACGGGUUAACAGCUCUUGAUUUGGCUGAGAUUCAUUGUGGAUCAUUGCCUACUUUUGAAGCGCGUCUAACUUGGAUGACGCUGAGGUAUGUCAAUGCACCACGAAGCACACAAUCAACAAGGAUUAAGUUUGUGAAAAGGGAAGGAAUGGAAGUGUUGAAAAUUAAUAAAGAGAACGACAAAUAUGAGUUGGAAACCUACAAGGGUAGAGUCGACACUCUUUUACUAGUAGCCACACUGGUGGCAACUGUGACAUUUGCAGCAGGGUUCACUCUUCCAGGAGGAUACGAGCAAUCUGAUCCAAACAAAGGUAUGGUUGUGCUAACCCAAAAUUGGGCGUUCAAGGUGUUUGUAUUCACCAAUACAUUUGCAAUGUACAGCUCAAUUUUGGUUGUUGUGAGCCUUAUUUGGGCUCAAUUGGGUGACCUUAAGUUGGUUUUGAUCUCCAUGAGAUUCGCAAUGCCAUUGCUUAUAAUUUCACUAGCUAUGAUGUCCUUAGCCUUCAUGAUGGGCCUAUUUGCAGUGUUGAAGACCAUAACUUGGCUUUCGUAUGUGGUUUUUGGAAUGGGAUCGCUCUUUGUUCUAAUUGUGCUUGGUCUUUCUAUUCCACUUUACAAUCCUUCCUAUAUCAAAAAUCCGGUAAAACGGUUUUUCUUCUCUAAGAUUUUGUUGUUGUUGUUGUUAGUGUGUGAAAAGAAAACCGUUGAGCAUACCUAAGACAUUGUGUACUUGUUUUUGACUUUUCUGGCUCAUGAAAAUCUCUUGGAUGUUCUAAUGUUGGGGGAAAUGAUCUUUAUUUUUGAAUUAUCUAAAUGUGUCAUGUGUGUAAUAUUUAUAUUCCGUAAGAACAACAAUGAUUCUAUUUUCAUUUUGC